GUAACAUUUACCCCACUUUUGCUUAUCACUAAUUACUACACUUUAAUAGCCUCCUACUACCUAUAAGAAGCCCUUUUCCCUCCCUAGCUGCCAACUUCAACCUCUGCUUAGAAACAACAUCAACAGUCACAGCCAUGGCUCCAAUCAAUUAUUUUAACGAAAUAGGCGCCCAGCGGGCACAUAAUAUUAUCGCUCAUAAACGAAGGUGGGCCUGUCACGUUGAUCCUGUGUUAAACUGCUGGAUCUACACUGGCAGUAAGAACACAGAUGGCUACGCCUAGCCAGAUAAACCAGACUAGCUGUAGUGCACAGACAGCGUUCUUGCUACAUAUUAUAGCGCUACAGGUCAAGCUCAGCAACCAGCCAAUCCCAAGAGGCAACUAUGCUAGUCACAUCUGCAACCGCCGUGCUUGCUUUAACCCUAAGCACAUCUUCUCUAAGUCUGCUCAGGUAAACAAUAGUCAAAAGGGCUGCCUAGGACCAAUCUUUUGCCCAGACCAUGGUCACAAGCUUAUUAACCUUUGCCCACAUAAUCCCCAGUGUAUCUGACUACCUAGCAAGGAUGUAAUCUGCUGCUUAACUAUUUGCUAGCAGCCUAAUUAGGGGUGUUUAGUUUAAAGGGGGGGGUAUUCUAGCUUUAGAGGGAGGUAUUUAUUAAAGUAUAUAGAUAUAGUAGU